ACAUCAACUUUUUCAUGUUCUAAACUUGAAUAAAGUCCACAAAGUGAGCAGCAGAGAUUUAUCCUGCCAGCGAUGAUCUGCUAACAAGAUUCCCUACGCUGAAAAAACAACUUUUUUGGAGGUUUUUUUGCUUAUUGUUGGACAUUUAGUGUUUUUUUUCUUGUUAUUGUGUAAAGUUUGUCCAUUGGUUCCAGUUGUGGAAUGAUUUGCUUUGUUGCUUUGUCAAGAAUGCCAGCAAGAAACAACUUUGAACAAACGUCGAGUUUGACUGCAAACUUGCUAGCAAAGUUUUAGUGCGAGUUUAGGAUGAGUCGGGACAACUUUUACUGAUUGGCUUCGACUUUAGCAUUUCCUGCUGCGCCAAAAAGUAAGGAAAAACAAGUUCUGGAUUGGAGCAGGUUUGUUUGUUGUUGUUGUUGUUUUUAACUUUUUCUGACUCGCAAAGUUGGAGACACAUUUUUUUUCGGGACAAUGGAUCCGAGCCAGCACAACCCUCCAGCCGGACACCAGAUCGUCCACGUCCGGGGCGACUCUGAGACCGACCUGGAGGCUCUGUUCAACGCCGUGAUGAACCCCAAGAACACCAUCGUGCCCCCCUCCGUGCCCAUGAGGAUGAGGAAGCUGCCGGACUCCUUCUUCAAGCCGCCGGAACCCAAAUCCCACUCCAGACAAGCAAGCACGGACGCAGGCUCUGGCGGCACACUCACCCCCCACCACGUCCGCGCCCACUCGUCUCCAGCGUCCCUGCAGAUGGGCGCCGUCUCCGGAGGUUCCCUGUCCGGCAUGGCUCCGGCGGGCGCCUCCCCGCAGCACCUGCGGCAGUCGUCGUACGAGAUCCCCGACGACGUGCCUCUGCCCCCGGGUUGGGAGAUGGCCAAGACCCCCUCGGGCCAGAGAUACUUCCUCAACCACAUUGAUCAGACCACCACUUGGCAGGACCCCCGCAAACCCCUCCUUCAGAUGAACCAGGCUCCCCCACCCAGCUCGGUGCCGGUCCAGCAGCAGAACCUGAUGAACCCGGCCAGUGGUCCGCUCCCUGAAGGCUGGGAACAAGCCAUCACAUCAGAGGGGGAGAUCUACUACAUCAACCACAAGAACAAAACCACUUCUUGGCUGGACCCACGACUCGACCCGCGUUUCGCGCUGAACCAGCAGAGGAUCUCCCAGAGUCCACCAGUGAAGGGCGGCCAGCUGCCCUCCAGCACCCACAGCAGCGUCAACCAGAUGAGGCUGCAGAAGGUCGAGAAGGAGUGGCUGAGACUGAAACAGGAGCUGCUUCGGCAAAGGCCUCAGGAGCUCGCUCUAAGGAACCAGCUGCCCACCAGUAUGGAUCAAGAUGGCGGCACCAACCCCGUGUCCUCCCCCAUGGCCCAGGACGCCCGGACCAUGACGGCCAACAGCUCGGACCCAUUCCUCAACAGCGGGACGUACCACUCCAGGGACGAGAGCACAGACAGCGGCUUGAGCAUGAGCAGCUACAGCGUCCCCCGCACUCCUGAUGACUUCCUCAACAGUGUGGAUGAGAUGGACACAGGGGACCCCCUUCCGACCUCCAUGGGAACGCAGCCCAGCCGCUUCCCUGACUACCUGGAUGCCAUUCCCGGUACGGACGUGGACCUGGGCACCCUGGAGGGUGAGAGCAUGGCGGUGGAGGGGGAGGAGCUGAUGCCCAGCCUGCAGGAGGCGCUCAGCUCGGACAUCCUCAACGACAUGGAGUCCGUGCUGGCAGCUACCAAGAUCGACAAGGAGAGCUUUCUCACAUGGUUAUAGACACCCCCACACCCCCCAAAAAACCCAGAGCGCGGCGUUCCCUCCUCUUCCUCCACUCCCCUUCCCCUGACACGCUGAAGUGCGGCGAAUGUGUGAAGGAUUCCUCCGUGCUUUGAUGAGACAUUUCAGCUCUGUGGCAGUAUUCUUCUCCUCACUCUUCAUGUUGUCUGUGUCUUCAAGGCUGGCCCAUGAGCAGACAGUAACAAAACAAAGCUUUUCACCCACAAUCUCGGGCGUCUUCACCCCACUGCUGAUGUCCCCCCAUAGAUGAUGUUGGCGUCGUCGCUCCAUCUUCGCCUCCGGGACACGCUAGCUUUAUUUCUUAACGAGCCUGAGAAACCAAAAAUGAUGUAUUUGACGCAUUGAGAACAAUACGGAUUUGGAGUCAUGGUAUCAAGAGGCCCCCGCUAGGACGGGUGGGAUUAGGUGGCAGUCAGGAGGGUCCUGGGGGGCCCACCACAUCGCUGCUUGGCUGUGCCAGCAAGUCUAAGUUAAACUUUCUCUGUUAGAUCAAGUGCCUUUGGCUUUUUUUUUUUUUUUUUUUUAAAGAACGUGAGCAACACGAACAAGUUUCUCAUCCCGCCACACUUUCUCUUUCUCAUCUUUUUCUAUCAUCAAAAUGUAUUUUGGAUUUAUAAACACAUUUUAAUGGGAUGUAGGGAUUUGUUAGCUUCUUUAUAUCACAGCUUCUAAUUCAUCUUUUAUCUCUUCUACUAUUUUACUUUUAGAUAACACGUGUAUGAUAACGUUGAUCAAAUGCUUUUGUUUUGUAGUUUUUUUAAUUGCAUCACGUCACUUCACCAGAUGAAGAAAAUGAGCAGCGAUCCACUUUUUUUUGACUCCGUGGCCCAUUUGAAAGUUUGCAGCUUGCGUCUUCCCGCGACGUCACUAAUAUUCCAGAACGUGAACCAAACAAAGCCAACAAUGCUACACACUAAGCUCCUGUCCACACGGGAACGCUCCUGGCAGUACACUGUGCCGGACCAGUAAAUAGUUGCAUCCAGACAGGAACGGAUCACUGAGUGAAAAGGAUGUAAUACACAAGGCACACCUACAUGUGGCGCUGGAAACAGACCCAUCAGAACCAUCCUUUUCACCCAGUGAUCCCUCCCCAACUAUUUACUAAUCCCAUACAAUAUGGACGCCAUUUUUUCCCAACCCACCGUGUGGACAGGGCCGAAGAUAAAACAUCAGGAGAAUGUCGACUGCAGUGAGUCAUGUCAGUGGAAAUAUUCAGAAAUGAUGUCGGCUUCCGGUCACGUGAUGGCACCGGGUGUGUGACGUCAUUGUUUUUCGAAAGUAGCGGCUUGCUUGUCUACAUGGCGGAUACAUAUCGGAUUUCCCCGCUCUGAAAAACAGCAUUUCGGGGCACCCAGGACGCCGUUUCCGUCUGGAUGAAAGGAAGGAUGAAGCAGGGAUGCUCCGAUCAGGGUGUUAUGCUGCCGAUUCCGAUUCCACAAUCCAUGAGUGAAAUCGGCUGAUACCGAUCACUUGGAUGAACGAAAUGUUCCAGUUUAUUUAUGAUGGCUGCAGUUGGCAAACCGGGUGUCUUCCACCGCUGAGAAAGGCUGCUCAUCUCGUCUGAUGAAUUCAAAUAUUUUUCGGAUUAUUGGCUUAUUCUGACUGUCACUCACGUACGGGCGAGUCUUGUCCAGCGUUUUAGCUGCGUUAGCUGCCGUUUGACUGAUGAUCACGCCGUGAGCCUCCAAAUCUUGCCAUACUCCGUCAAGUGUUUGUUCUUCAACUGCCGUAAUUAAUGCAAGCUUUUUGACGUGCUACCCCCACCACAUAUUUUUCAUGGCAUGUGUUGGUAGGUUCCACACGGCAGACAUGUUUGUCUUUAUUGUGGCACGUCUGCGCAGUGUGAAGGAAAGUGGGGGUGGGGGGGGGGCCACCCAAGACACUACAUCGCAUGCAGCGAUUGCUACAGGCUGCAGCAGUACGAGGCACAGGUGAUCGGUGUUGGCAUCACGUGCUUUUUCACCGAAAUGGGCCGAUGGAUCGGAGCAUCCCUCUCUGAAAGGACAACAUCUUUCCACUUGAAAACGUUCCCGUCUUCCUGAGACGUUUGAGGACAGCUUGGACGUGUUGAAGCAGGUUUGUGGACAGGCCAAGGUUGGACGCUUUGGAGUUUUUCUUUCUUUUUGUGAGGACGAAUGAAGAAACAAUCACUUGUUAUCUCAUCAGGACUUGUUGUGGCAGAUUCCAAAGAUCUUACUUUGUUUUUUAUUUUCUUUAAUCUGACUUCCAGUUUGACAGUCCAGAAAAGAAGGUGUGAUUUCUUGUGUGAUCAAAAGUAUAAGCUAGUGAGGAACAAAGUGGUGAUGGGUGGUGAUACCAGGAGAGCGACAUCUUCUUCUUCUUCUUGGAUGAGGUUUUAAGGACGAGCGUUUAGAGCAGAAGUAUGUGAUUUGAAAAGACUUCAUCAUGGCGCAGAUCUCUCACGGUUUUGUUAUUUUGGAAUGAUGUUUACGCCACGUGACGUCGGCCCGCAGCGCGCCGUUGUGGUCGGAGGAGGUUUUGGCGAGAUGAUUUGAACGCUAACUUCAGUAUCUUUUGGUAGCAUUAACUUGAUGGAACAGUUUUUUUUGUUUUUUUUUUAGUUAUAUUCUAUAUUGUUUGUGAGAAAGCUCCUUUUUAGAUUGAUGAGUAAAUGAUGUGUUGAUGACUUUGAACAGUGUUGGUGACAAAAAAAAGAAGAGUGGUACACUACAGUGCUUGUAUUGCACGGCUAUGGCAAUUAGGCAUUUUUUGUCACAAAAAGCUGAUUUUUAUGCUUAUUUAGCGGAGCACAUUAGCUGUUGACCGUCA